UUUCCCAUUGUUGCUUUUUCUACAGAGGAAACCGUGAUGGACAAGAUUCUAUCAGCCAACAGUGAUACGAACAUGUUUGAGGGUGACAUCCCACAAACUGCGACUUCUAGGAACGGAAUCCGUGAUGUUUCCAAGGUCUGGGCAUCCAGGGUCAUCCCCUACGAGCUCAAAGCUGGAGAUUUUUCGAGUUCUGAACAGUCUGUGAUCCAGCAGGCAAUGAAUGAGUACGAGGUCCGCACCUGCAUCUCCUUCGUCCCGAGAACUACUGAGACAGACUAUCUCUACGUCCAGAAGGGAUCAGGAUGCUGGUCUUACGUGGGUGUGCAGGGCGGUCGGCAGGACCUGUCCCUCGGGAACGGUUGUGUCUACAUAGGCAUCGCCAUCCACGAGUUCAUGCACGCCGCCGGCUUCUGGCACGAGCAGUCCCGCUUCGACAGGGACGACUGGGUCAUCAUCCAGUGGGAGAACAUUCAGGAAGGUAAGGAGCACAACUUCAACAGGUACUCGGAGGUUGACGUGUCGGGGCUGGGUGUGGACUAUGACUACGGUUCCGUGAUGCACUACAGCGCCACGGCCUUCAGCUCCAACGGAAGCCCCACCAUCGUGGCGCGCGUCAGCGGCGCGCCGUCUCUGGGUCAGAGGUCAGGCUUCAGCGACACCGACGUGGCCAAGCUCAACACUCUGUACAGUUGCCACAUGCCUGUCGGCUGGAGUGACUGGACCGAGUGGAGCCCGUGUGACGACACCUGCACCAAGACCCGCCAGCGCUUCUGCUCCGACCCGAACGGCUGUACCGGACACAGCGUGGAAACACAAGACUGUCCCUGGCCCUGUCAAGUUGGCAUCCACCCCGACUGCGGGCAGUACUACUUCGGCGGUGCUUUCGGCGAGAUCACCUCCCCCAUGUACCCCGGGAACUACCUGGACGCAGCGACCUGCCGUUACCUGGUCAACGCCACCGCCGGCAGCACCGUCACUAUUAGCUUCCAGACGUUCGACGUCGAGAGCCACACGUCGUGCGGAUAUGACGUCAUGAGGGUUUACGAUGGCGAGGACACGUCGUCCCCUGUGCUGGCCUCCAUGUGCGGCUCGACCCGCCCCGCUCCCAUCACGUCCUCGGGAGACCGCCUCAUGAUCGAGUUUGUUUCCGACGCCUCGGUCAACGGACAGGGCUAUGUUAUCCAGUACACCACCGUCCCUACGGCCUUCAGCUGUAGCUUUGACGCGGACCUGUGUGGCUUUACCCAGGACGGAGAUGACCAGUUCGACUGGACCCGUCAGACCGGCACCACUCCUUCCAGCUCCACCGGGCCCACCACUGACGUCUCCGGGUCAGGUCACUACAUGUUCAUCGAGACGUCUGGCUCCCGUACCCAGGGUGACGCCGCGCGCCUGCGCACACCGACACAGAGUGCCAGUCCUGCCGGUUACUGUCUGCAGUUCAAGUACCACAUGUACGGAACAGACAUCGACACGUUGAACGUGUACGUGACUGACGGAAACUCCAUCCUGGGCACACCUAACUUCAGCGUGACCGGCGACCAAGGAAACAACUGGCUGAGUGGGCAGCUCACCAUCCCUGGGGACGCCGACUUCCAGGUUGUCUUCGAGGCCAUCAGGGGAGCCAGCUGGCGCGGCGACAUCGCCAUUGAUGACGUCCUGAUGUUCGAGGGUGUCUGCGCCUAAGGGCGACUGCGCUACAACGGUCAAUAAUCAAAGAUAGAUUCGACAUCAAAUAAAUACAUAAAUUCAAUGUCUA